UGUCCGGGACGCUGGCUGACCACAGAGGGAUCGCCGACGCCAGAGUGCGAAUCCCGGGUGAGGCUCCCAGGGGGCAGCACCGGGAGAGAUAAACAUGGAACAUCCGCCCCCUCUCCGCCCCAGACUCUCCUGGGGGCGGGGGAGGAAAUGGUAGAGGGAAACCGGCGGCUUCUGGGGGAGACUGAGUCACGGCCAGGCUGGUGGGGGAUGGGGAAGGGGAAGGCAGAGCUGCUUUGGUCCAGGUGUGGGGGUGGGGAAGAGGCGGGACGGACUAGAAGUUAGGGAUGGUUACAGUGGAGGGUGAGAGAUGCUCCAGAGAGACUGGGUGCUGGGGAUCUGUGAGGACUUCCGGGGCACAAGGACUGGAGAAAGGGCUCGGGUGGCCCAAGAGAAGAUUCUAUAGGACUGGAGAGCGGGGAAGAAUGGAGCGCAAAGCGAGCCUCACGGGAAAUGUAGUCCCGGAGCCGCGCAUGCGCGGGAGCAAAGGCUGCGGCAAGAAGGGGUGGGGCUACGGCAAGUUUCCAGAGGGCGCCCCAGCUUUCCUUCCCUGCCCCAGAUCCUUGGACCCUUCGACCUGAUUCUUCUCGUGUGCACCCCGAAAUCCCUGUUUAUCCUCCCCUGUACCCCAACUCCUCCACUGACCGGAAUGGGGUGGGGAAGUGGGGCGCCCCCUCUUUCCAAAACUGUCUAUUUCCCGGAUGAUUCAAGCAGACAAAGCCGUUUCCUCGGGUCAAUCCCGUACCCCCUGACCCCGAGGCCCACUGUACUAGAGAGACCCCCUGUGGUGACCUCAGUUAUUACAAGGGAUGACGUCUUCACCACACGCUUGUGGUCCCUGGGGGCCCAUUCUGACUUGGUCGCGCAUGCGUGCCUCGGCCUUUUGUUCUGAAAACUAGCGGGAGCUUCUGGCCAUCCCAUCCUUCCAUCCCUCAGAGUUAGCGGACUUGUUCCCCCUCCUAGGUGGGGGCGUCUCGGAUCGCAGAAGGGAGCCGUUCUUGAUGUGUUCCCGCACUUGGGCCAUUUCCUCUUUCUCAGAUUCUUGGCUCUCACUGAGUCAAACCCUGGGCUUCCCAGCCUCAGUAGCCGUGAAUUCAUGUCCCGGUUCCCCACGGAGGUUCCACGACUUGUUCCUUUUUCUUGUCAUCUUGGCCAAUUUGGGCAUUGGCGGGAUCAGAGCGGUUUAAUUUUCGUUUUUAUAAUUAUUAGUGACUUGGAGCAUUUUUCCCCUUGAGUUUAUUUUUUUUAACUCAUUUUUUUUCUGCGUAGCUCCAAAUUAUCUUCCCGAAAUGACCGGAUCCGUUUCCUCCUCGGGCCUGUCCGCAUUUGUCAUUUUCAUGUCCCGGUCACCUCUGACGUGUGAGAUCGGUGACUAUGGACGCGUACGUCGAUAAUUUGGAUUUCUUCCGUCCUAGCGUUCAAAGCCGCCAGCACUCACAUGAAAAACACUAAGAGACAAAUGCGAAUGAAAACAGGCGGAACAGAAAGAGAUCCUGACAAAAGCUGGAGGGACUGGAGGGGUCCGCCAGGGGCAGCCACAAGCGGGGUCAGCCUCUCCAGAGGACAUUGGGGAACCAUCCAACGGCGCACCGCUGUUGCCCCAGAAAUAUCGCUACUCAGCCUGGCUCGGGGAUCAGAGAAAGGGGGAGGAGAGAGUGAGUUAGGGGUGGGCAAGCCCCUGCAGAGAGGACAGGGACCCUGCCUGAUGGGACCGAGGAGGGACAUAGCGGGAGGGGGGUCCGGAGCCUAAUCUGGAAGAAGAUGAGUGUUGUAGGAGGAGAGCUAAGAGAAGGUCAGAAGACUCUGCUCUGAGGGAGGAAGGUGUGAGUUUCAGAGCGGGGAGAGGGGCGCUGUGGGCAGAGGACGGUCACGGGUGAUCAGCUUGGUGGGUGGUUCGCUCCCGUGGAACUUGAGCCCUGGGGGUGGGGCUUGGGGGCCUGGGCGGAGUCGAGUGGAAAAGGGUUAUCCCAGUGGCCAAGCCGCUCCACGUGACGGAGGGGAGGCGGGCUGGGCCUGAGAUCCCGACUCCGGGAGCCAUUGGAGGAAAGGGCGGGGCUCUGGGGCGGGCGGCCCCCCCACGGUGGACUGGCCAGAAGCCGAGCCGGGAGCCGAGGUCGGGCUGUGUUUCCUCCCGGCUGUGUUUCCUCGCCCGCCCCGGAGCCAGCCCUGGGCUUGCGGGUCCCAGGCCGGCCUCCUGCUCCUGAAGGAGAGAAGCGCCCGAGUCCUGCUCCCGGCUCAGCCAUCUGAGGACCAGGCCCCGCCCAGCAGCCAUGGCCCCUGGGAGGCGCAGACCCCCGCCCCAGGCGUCGGUGGCUUUCAAGGACGUGGCCGUGGACUUCACCCUGGAGGAGUGGGCCCUCUUGGACCCUUCCCAGAAGGAGCUGUACAAGGAGGUCAUGCUGGAGAACGCUUGGAACCUUCUCUUCUUGGGACUUCCUCUUCCCAGAGAAGAUUUGCUCUCCCAUUUUGAGCGAGGGGACGGUCCGUGGAUUCUUGAGCAAGCAGACCCCAGUGGCCCCUGCCCAGAUAAAGAGACUAGGCUUGAAAUAAGGGAGACUGCUUCAGAGAGAUGCAUUUCUGUGGAAGAGUCACACCACCAAAGAUUGGUGAAUGAUGGUCACUGUGACAGUUUAAGAGAAAUCUGUUACUCUGAUACCAAGAUGAAGAAAAAAGAAGAGAGUUACUCUCAAUUUGAUAAAGAUGGAAAGAGUUUGAGACAAUGUUAUGUUUUAAUUCCAUGUUUGAAAAUGACUUCAGGGAAACUCUGCUCUCAGGACAGUAAAUGUAGGAAAAGCUUUACUGAUCAGGGAAAGGUUGUUAAGUCUCAUGAGAAGCUUUCUGAAAUACAGACUUAUCAAUGUAAUCAAUGUGAGAUGGUCUUCAACUUGAAUUCAGACCUAAUUAAACAUCAGGAAAGUCAUACCGGGAAAAUGCACUAUGUUGAUAAUGAAGGUAGGAAGGCCUUUAGACAAAAUUCAAAGCUAGUUGAUCAUCAGAAAACUCAAAAUGAAAAAAAAUAUGGAUGUAAUAAAUGUAAUAAAUCCUUUAAGCGACACUCAUCCCUUAUUCGUCAUCAGAAAUUUCAUAUUAGGGAAAACCUACAUAAAUGUAUGCAAUGUGGAAUGGCCUUUAAGCGACAGUCAUCCCUUAUUUCCCAUCAACGGAUUCAUACUAGAGAGAAAUCUCAUAGAUGUCAUGAGUGUGGUAAAGCUUUCAGUGAAAACUCAUCUCUUAUUGCACAUCAGAGAAAACACACUGGAAAGAAACCUUAUCGAUGUAAUCAAUGUGGAAAGACUUAUAGAUGCAGAAGCAGUCUUGCUGAACAUCAGAAAAUCCACACUGGAGAGAAACCUUAUGAAUGUCAUCAAUGUGGCAAAACUUUUGUUGAGAACUCAUCCUUUAUCAUACAUCAGAGGAUCCACACUGGAGAGAAACCUUUUGAAUGUGAUCAGUGUGGAAAGACUUUCAGACAGAGUUCUAGUCUUGCUGUUCAUCAGAGAAUCCACACUGGAGAAAGACCAUAUGAAUGUAAUCAGUGUGGAAAGAGUUUCACACAGAGGGCUAGUCUUGCUGUACAUCAGAGAAUCCACACUGGAGAGAAACCCUAUGCGUGUGAUCAAUGUGGAAAAUCUUUCAGAUGCAGCUCCAGUCUUGCUCAACAUGAAAGAAUCCACACUGGAGAGAAACCUUAUGAAUGUAAGCAAUGUGGAAGGGCUUUCAGCUGUAGAUCCAGUUUUGCUAAACAUCAGAGAAUUCACACUGGAGAGAAGCCUUACGAAUGUAAUCAAUGUCAAAAGACUUUUAGAUUCCGCUCCAGUCUCGCGAAACACCAGAGGAUCCACACUGGAGAAAAACCUUAUGAAUGUAAUGAAUGUGGAAAGACUUUUGGACAGAGCUUCAGUUUUGCUGAACAUCAGAGAAUCCACACUGGGGAGAAACCUUAUGAAUGUAAUGAAUGUGGAAAGACUUUCAGACAGAGGUCUAGUUUUGCUGAACAUCAAAAAAUUCAUUCUCGAGAGAAACCUCAUGAAUCUCAUGAAGAUACAAGGGCUUUCUCGGGCAGCUCCAAUCUUGCUGAACAUCAGACUGAUGACACUGGAGAGAAACCUUAUCAAUGUAAUAAAUGUGGAAAAACUUUCAGAUUCAACUCCAGACUUUCUGUACAUCAAAGAAUCCACACUGGAGAAAAACCUUAUGAAUGUAAUCAAUGUGGAAAGGCUUUCAGAUGCAGCUCCAAUCUUGCUGAACAUCAGAGAAUCCACAGUGGAGAGAAACCUUAUGAAUGUAAUGAAUGUGGAAAGACUUUCAGAUUCAACUCCAGACUUUCUGUACAUCAGAGAACCCACACUGGAGAAAAACCUUAUAAAUGUAACCAAUGUGGAAAGAGUUUCAUAAGGAGCUCCAGUCUUGGUGAUCAUCAGAGAAUCCACACUGGAGAAAAACCUUUUGAAUGUAAUCAGUGUGGAAAGACUUUUAGAUGCAGCUCCAAUCUUGUUGAACAUGAGAGAAUCCACACUGGAGAAAAACCUUUUUACUGUAAUCUAUGUGGAAAGACUUUCAGACACAGAUCCAGUCUUGCUGAACAUCAGAGAGUCCACACUGACUAGAAACCUUAUGAAUAUAAAUAAUUAAUUGAGUGAGAUGAAAUAGAUAAAUAAAGCCUUCUCUUAACAGUCGUCCUAUAUUUCCCAUCCUUACUAGAUAGAAAUCUUACCACUAUAAUGAAUACUAGAUAGAAACUAUAAUUAUUUUGUGGGGAAAGACAUUCAAAUAGAGAUUGUUCGAUGUCAGAAAAUUCAUACUAGUGGUACACUCAAUAUGGACUCUUAAUGCUGGAAGACUUUCAGUCAAAUAUAUUUUCCUUUACAUCAGAUGAUACAUAAUAAAGAAAGAUUUUGAUUGUGCUCAAUGGUGAACUGCAUAUUGCUGAAGAGGAAUGUCCUUAAACACCAGAAUAUUCACAGUGAAAAGAAGCUUUAUAAAAGCAAUGAUUGUAGGAAAACUUUGACAUAGAUUCAUAUUUGCCUAUGUAUGGAACAAUGUUAGAGAUAAAACUUGGGAUCUAUUUAAUAGUUUGCUUCAGCACAGACCUAAUUAGACAUCCCAAAUUUCAUACUAUGGAAAAACCCUAUGAAUGUAUGAAUUUUUCUCUGAAAUACUAUUGUUUUUUUUUCAUUAUUCUUCAAAAAUAGGCCAUAGCAUUCAUAUGCUGUAACUUCAUCAUCUAUUCUCUAAUUGAUUAAUACUCAUUUGUUUUCUGUUCUCUGUUGACACAAAAGAUUCUGGUAUAAAUAUUUUGGUAACUCUCAAAAAUUUAGCUCUGUAAUGAUUUCUUUAGACUUGUAGGUGGCACAGUGCAUAGAGCGCUGCUCUUGGGGCUAUAAGACGAGUUAAAAUUCAGUCUCUAACACUUACUAUCCAUGAUCAUGGGCAACUGUCUCCAUUUUCCCCAUCUGUAAAAUGUAUAUACUCUUAACACCUCAAAGCUGAUGGUAGGAUCAAAUGAGGUAAUGUCUAUGAAGCUCUUUGCAAGCAUGAAAUGACUAUUUAAAUGCUAGUGAUUAUUAUUAUUAUUCUUUGGGUCAUAAAUCUCUUAGAAUAGUCAUUAGUCAUAGCAUAGACAGUUUAGUCACUUAUAAUUGAAAUUGAUGUUCAAAACAGUGUAGAGGAAGGCAGUGUAUUUUAAUGAUAGGAUACUGAAUUUACAGUCAGGAAGAUUUGGCUUAAAAUUCUGCCUCAAAGACUCUGUAAUUGUAACUUUGGACAAGGAAUAAGCUCCUAGUACCUCACUUUACCCCUCUUUAAAAUGAGGAGGUUGGACUCAGUUUCUAUGGUCUUUUUCAGCUCUAAAUCUGUGUUCCCAUGUCUCUUUCCACAGCCUCUUACAACAUUCUAUGAUGGAGGUCUAACAGGAACUAUACUGAAACUAUAGCACAAACUAUUUUGUAGUAUUUUUAAAUGGAAAGCUUGAGAAAUUCAAUAGAUCAAGUACAUAAUAUACAAAAGAAAAUGAGUGGGGAUCCAAGGUGGUGGAAUAAGACCAGAAUGCUUGUAUAGUCUUGUAAUAUACCUGUCUUUAACAACUAAAACAAAUGUACCUAAAUAAAUCACGAGAAAAAAAGACAAAGUUCUCAGUGAAUCUUUUUUUUUUUUUUUUUUUUUUUUUUUUUUGCAGCCCAGGAUAACUUAAAAGGACAUAAAAAGAAGGCAUAAAAAGGUCUCUGUGGGCACUGGGGUGGGAAUCAUUUUGGAAUUUGGUGCCCUAAAAUUAUCUUUGGCUAUGGACAUUAGAGCCCACAGUAGCAGCACUGGGGUAAUAAGGAGACCAUUCUGGUCAGAAAAAGAGCUAGUAUUGGGCAAGAAUCAGGAGACAUCUGGCAGCUCUGUCACCCAUCAACCAGUCCCUGAUCAGAAUCCUAGGUUGGAGAAGUGCAGUUAAGUUGAAUCAGAGCACAGAAUAAGAGGGCAAUGAUUAUAUCUUUACCUGGAUCACAUCACUGUGGAAGCACAAAAAGCUUACGUACCCCUACUAUCAGUAAAAGCAGCAAAGCAGAAUUCUAACAUGAAAUUCAAAGUCAAGAAAUAGGCUAGAAAAAUGAGAAAACAAACAAACAAACAAAACAAACAAAAACAAAAACAAAAAUUAAAAACCCAGCCAUAAAUAGUUAUUAUGGUAACAGGGAAGUUCGAGACCCAAAUGCAGAUGACAAUAAUUAGAAAACUAUCUACAGACUUUGAGCAGAGAUUAGUAAAAAAAAAAAAAGAAAGAAAAG